GUAUCAGAACAAUUUGUGAUAGAAAAAUUUACAGGAAAAAAUGUGAAUGUUUUACAAUGGAUGGAAACAUUUGAAAAUGAGUGCACAAGAUUGCAAAUAGAUCAAAAUACUGAAAAAAUUGAAAUUCUAAGACUAUUUUUAGAAGGAUCAUGUGUGGAUUGGUACAGGUCAAUGCUUAUAAAAUAUUCAAUAAAUUCUGAUUGGGAUGAAUGGAAAAACAAAUUUUGUGAUACCUAUGCAGACAAAGGGUGGACUCCAGUGAGGUAUGCGUUUGAGUUCAAAUACAUGAAUGGUUCUUUAUUAGAAUAUGCUCUUAAAAAGGAAAGACUCUUACUACAAAUAAACAAGUCAUUGAAUAAAAAAAUUAUGAUUGAUUUGAUAGCUAUUGGACUCCCAAAUUAUAUUGCUGAUAGAAUUGAUAGAGACACUUUGAAAGAAACGGAAGAUCUCUUCAAUGAAAUUAGAGGUCUAGAACACUUAAUAAAAAUGAAGACUUCAGAAAAAAAAGAAAUACCAUACUUUAAGAAAAAACAAGCCUGCAAAAUUUGUGAAAAAGAAGGAAAAGGUUUACGUUAUCAUCUGGAAUCAAGUUGCUGGUACAGAAGCAAAAGUGAAGUCCCGAAAAAUCAAGAGGUAAGAACUGUCAACAACCAUAAACUAGAAUUAGAAUUAAACGAAACAAAUCCAAAAAACUGUUAAUUCCACCACUAAUUAGAAUCAAGUUACUAUUAAAUGACACUUUAGAGAUCUAUGGAGUAUAUGACUCAGGAUCAAAUAUAUCAUUGAUUAAUGCAAACUUAUUACAGAUAAAGGCACAUAAUAGAGGUGACCUUCAAAUAGUAAACUUGAGGACAAUUAAUGGUGUGAAAAAAACAAAUGGUAUAGUAACACUUAAGAUAAAAAUCUAUGACAUUGAAAAAAAAAUGGAUGUAUUUAUUGUAGAUGAUGAAAAUUUCAAUUAUGAUUUUUUAAUUGGGUUAGAUUGUAUUAAAAGUUUUAGAUUAAUUCAAAAUGAGGAUCUAAGGAUCACACAAUGCAACAGCUCUAAAGAAAUUGAAAAUGUGUCAACUAUUGAUAAAUUGUAGAUAAAUACUGCUCCAAACGUCCAUAUAGAUGUACCAUUGAAGAUAGAAAAGAGAUAGAAAGUCAGAUAGCAGAACUUUUGAAGAAUAAUUUAAUUGAAGAGUCAUAUAGUCCAUUUGCGGCUCCAGUGACACUUGCAUUCAAAAAAGGAGAGGACAGAAAGACCAGACUCUGCAUAGAUUUUAGGGAACUAAAUAAAAUCGUUGUUCCCCAAUCGCAACCUUUUCCAUUGAUCGAGGACUUAAUGGUAAAAACUAGCAAUUGUAAGUACUUUUCUACUUUAGACAUAAAUUCAGCAUUCUGGUCAAUUCCAAUGAGAGUACAAGAUAAAGAAAAAACAGCAUUUGUGACACAAGAAGGCCAUUUCCAGUGGACUUGCCUCCCAUUUGGUUUGAAAACGGCUCCAGCAAUUUUUCAACGUAUUUUAAGCAGCAUUAUAAGAAAAUAUAAACUUUCAGAUUUCACAGUCAAUUAUAUAGAUGAUAUCCUAAUUUUUUCAAAAACCUUUGACGAACAUAUAUUACACUUGUCCAAGUUAUUUGAUGCAAUAUUAAAUGAAGGUUUUAGACUAAAAUUUUCGAAAUGUACCUUUGCAGAAAAAUCAGUAAAAUACUUAGGACACAUAAUAGAAAAUAAUUCCAUAAGACCUGUAAAAGACUACUUGAUUGCUGUGAAAAAUUUCCCUGUUCCACAAACUAGAAAGAAUGUACGUCAAUUUUUGGGAAAAAUCAAUUAUUAUCAUAAGUUUGUCCAAGAUAUUGCAAUCAUUUUAGACCCGCUGCACAACUUAUUGAGAAAAGAUG